GAAAGAGAAAAAAACAAACAAACAAGAAAUUAAGUUACUACUACGAACUAAUUCUUUUCUCUCUCUUAAAAUUUUCAAUUUUCUUUCAAAAAAAACCCCGUUUUGGUUUUGUUGAAAGGAUUGUGAGGAGUACUAAAACUUUGAAGAAUCAAAUGUGAUGGGAAGUGGAUUAUCGCGCCUAUUCCCAUGUUUAAAUGGAAAUCAAAAUCAAAAUCAUCAUCAAGAUUUGAUUUAUACAGGUACAGAACCAUUGGAUGAAACCCUAGGUCAUUCAUUUUGUUAUGUACGUUCAUCAGCUCGUUUUCUUUCACCAACAAAUUCAGAUCGUAUUUCACCUAAUUCUCAAUCACUUCGUCUUUCUCCUUCUCAUGAACCCCAAAAUAUUACUUUGAAAACUAAACCUAGUAGUUGUUAUAAUGGUGGUGAACCGAAUUCUUUUUUUAAAUCUAUAUCUGGUGCUACUGUAAGUGCUAAUACAUAUACUCCUACUACUAUACUUCUUCAGAAUGAUCAUAAUUACGAAGAUGCCAUUGAUACUAAUAAACCAACAUUCAUUGAUGGUUUUGAAAGUUCUUCAUCUUUUUCUGCACUUCCGUUACAACCAAUACCUCGCGGUGGAGGAGGAGGAGAUGCUUCUGGACCACUUGAACGAAGUGGGUUUUUGAUGUCAGGACCGAUUGAACGAGGUGCUCUUUCUGGACCUUUAGAUUCUACUACCGUAAGUAAUAAUGAUUCUUCUGGACAAAUUCAUUUUUCAGCUCCUCUUAAUGGGAUUUAUGUUAAAAGAAGAAGAAGGAAGAAAGCAUUAUCAGGAAUUCCAAAAGCGUUUAUUAGAAAUUUAUCUUCCGAGAAAAAGAGACCUUGGGUUGUUCCUGUUUUGAAUAUUUUUAGUAAAAAAGAUGAUGAUAAUCAUAAUAACAAUAUUAACCAUAACCAUAGUCAUGGAAAUGAUUCUGAGAUGACGAUGAAGAACGAAAGCAGUAAUGUUCAGUGGGCACAUGGUAAAGCUGGUGAAGAUAGAGUUCAUGUUGUGGUAUCAGAAGAACAUGGUUGGCUUUUUUUUGGGAUUUAUGAUGGUUUUAAUGGUCCAGAUGCACCUGAAUUUUUAAUGGGUAAUCUUUAUAGGGCCGUUUUUCAUGAACUUGAAGGUUUGUUUUGGGAUGUUGAAUCAAAUGAGCAGCCAAUGGGUACUACUAAAACUGAAUUGAAUUUAGAGAGAGAGGUGGUAACUGAACCAGCAUUGAGAAAUUGUGUUGGAGAAGGGGGGAACGAUGGUGGAGUAGCGGACUGUGGUGGCGACAAUUUGAAUUCUGAGAAUGCCAAUUGUGGGUCUGCGAAGAAAGUAACAUUUCAAUCUGAUGAAGCUGUGCCAACAGGAGUAAGAAGAGGGAGAUCUCUUUGGGAACUUCUUGCUGAAGAUUAUGCAGAAGAAGGGCUUGAUUUAUCGGGUUCUGAUAGGUUUGCAUUUUCUGUUGACGAUGCUCUACGAGUAAGCAAUUCUAGUCCCAUCGUGAGUAGGAGAUCGCUACUGUUAUCUAAAUUGAAACAUGGGUUCUUGAAAAGCAAAGAUAAUCAGAGUCACAGUAGGAGGUUUUUCCCUUGGAGAUAUGAUAUGGAGGAUAAGGAGAAAACUGAAAUUGAUAAUAGAGUUGAAGAAAAUAGUUGUAGAAGCUAUAGGAAACGCCGAGUUGGUCCCGUGGAUCAUGAAUUGGUUUUGAGGGCUUUGUCGAAAGCUCUGGAAGUUGCCGAGCUUGCCUAUUUGGAUAUGACGGAUAAGGUGCUUGACAAAAAUCCGGAGUUGGCGUUGAUGGGUUCGUGUUUGUUGGUUGUGUUGAUGAGAGAUGAGGAUGUGUAUGUGAUGAAUCUUGGUGAUAGUCGUGCUGUAAUUGGUCAAUAUAAACAAGAAGAAAUUCCUUCUAGUACGAAAACUAUUACACGAGGUAAAAGUCAAUCAGAUGUGGAGGGAAUUGUUGAAGAUUCCAGUGUUGUUGGUGAAGGAGCUACUCCUGUAGUGAUUAAAACUAGUCACACAAUGAACUUAAGUGCAUUGCAGUUAUCAACUGAUCACAGUACAAGCAUUGAAGAAGAAGUCCUCAGAAUAAAGCAAGAACACCCCGAUGACAGCCAGUGCAUUGUCAACGAUAGGGUGAAAGGUCGUCUGAAGGUCACCCGAGCCUUUGGGGCUGGGUUUCUUAAAAAGCCCAAGUUGAACAAUGCUUUAUUUGAAAUGUUUCGGAACGAAUAUAUUGGUACCGCGCCGUACAUAUCAUGUUCUCCUUCUCUCUGUCACCAUAAACUCGGUCCUAGUGACCAGUUUCUAGUUCUCUCUUCAGAUGGUCUAUACCAGUAUUUUAGCAAUCAGGAAGUAGUUACUCAUGUUGAAUCAUUCAUGGAGAAGUUUCCUGAUGGCGACCCUGCACAGCACUUAAUCGAGGAGCUUCUUUUCCGUGCAGCAAGAAAAGCUGGCAUGGAUUUCCAUGAAUUACUUGACAUCCCACAAGGAGAUCGCAGAAAGUACCAUGAUGAUGUUACUGUUAUGGUGAUAUCACUUGAAGGAAGAAUUUGGAAGUCGUCAGGAAAGUAUUUGUAACAUCAUACCUUUUUGUGGUUUCUCAAGUAGCUUCAGCAUUUUCAGGGAAUAAUCUUUAGUGAUGUGGGUAGUACAGUUAAUGGGCAUUGGCCCAUUUUCCAUGGGUUUCAAUGAGAAUUCCUUUCCCUCGUUGGUGUUAUCCAAGCGGUAACUUCAUGGUGAUUGCCCAGGCAAUUUUUUGAUGUUCAUGAAAGCUCUUAAUUACUCAAUCAGUUGCAGAGUUGGUUUCAAGACGAAGCGCAGGAACUUGGAGAUUGGAAUUUGGAUUGGAAGUCUUCAUGUUAGAUAUUUAGUCGUCGGUAGAAAAUCCUGGUUUUCCUUUUCUUUUUUUGGUCUCUCUUUCCUUUUUUUCCGUCUUUUUCCUCCUCCUCGGAGGUAAUCAGAGGCAAUUCUGUGUCUAGAGGGGGGUUGUCAAAAGUGAUUAUUGUAAUCUUGGUGGUGGGUUUUCAGCAUUGCGGUUUAUAUGAAGAAAAAAUGGAAAUUUUCUUGAUACUUGUAGCUACCAAACGAGUAAAGAUAAUAGAA